CGAAAUCCUUUUGGCAUGAAUUUCUGGCUUGACUUUAUAAGGUUAGGUCCCGCCGUUCAGCUCCUCGCUGCCCUGUUAAACCCCCUCCCCUUCGCUCCUCGGCUCUGUCACUGCGAUCCCAGCCAAUAAAGAGCAGCCCACCCCCUCCCCACUCGUCCAGGAUGCAUUCUGUCUCGGAGUUCCUGGCAAACAAUGAUUGAUGUUUCGGUUUCGAAGCCGACUCUGAAACCUCCUGCAAAAUAACACCAGCCUCCCGGCUGCCGCUUCGCCCGCUCCGAGGAGCCGCAGAACUGAGGCGAAUUUUAUUUGUUUGGGAGACCGGGGGAGCCGGGAUCGCGCCUGGGAAACGCCACGGUUACCGGGCAACCCCUCUGAGCAGGGAUGGAUCCAUUGGGCGGACCGCAUCCGCACUCUCAGCACGAACCCAUCAGUUUUGGAAUAGACCAGAUCUUGAACAAUCCGGAUCAAGGAAGUUGCAUGAUUCCGAAUUCGCGGCUCCAGGAUGUGGACUACGGACUAGGAUGUAUGGUCAGCGGGAGUUACAACAACGUACCGGUAAACUACGCCAACAACGGCGGCGGCGGCGGCUACAACGGUGCCUGCAGCUUGUCCUCGCUGGCCAGUCCGUACGGCGUCAACCUGGGCAUGAACGGCAAUGGCUUGAACCCAGCGGGUGUCAUCAGGGUGCCUGCCCAUCGGCCGGUGACCGCCGGCGUUCACCAGCCCAUGAGCACGGGUAGUGCGCCUGGCCCCGCCGCCAACAACUCCCUGGGCAACAUGACAUUCCCGUGGAUGGAGAGUAAUAGGAGGUACACGAAGGACAGGUUCACAGUGGCUCUCUCGCCAUUCACCGUGACCCGGAGGAUAGGGCACCCGUACCAAAACCGCACUCCGCCGAAGAAAAAGAAACCGCGGACCUCGUUCACGCGCCUCCAGAUCUGCGAGCUGGAAAAGCGCUUUCACCGCCAGAAGUACCUGGCGUCGGCCGAGAGGGCAGCGCUGGCCAAGGCCCUGAAAAUGACCGACGCUCAAGUGAAAACCUGGUUUCAGAACAGGCGGACCAAGUGGAGACGCUGCCCAACCUGCCGAGUAUUCCCGGCAAUUGCUGGUUCUGCCGCAGGUUUCAAGCAGUUUUUCUCUGGAGGUUCCGGCUGCUGUUUCGGGAUGGGAGGUGAACUCGCCUCUCCGCCAGCGACUCCUGGUGCCCGGGAGCGGCAGUGCAACGCCCUUGGAGGCGAGGGUGAUGUGGUUGCCACACCACGCCUGGCCGCCUUACCCGCGAAUGACGGAGGAGGAGGUUCCUCCUCAUCUAAGACAUAGUGAGGGAGAGCGACUGACAGUUUACACAAGUUCUCAUAAUGAUGACAAACCGUGCCCGCUCUCUGCCAAUGGCAAGUUAGUUAAAAAAUCCAGUUAGUAAGAGGUCCCAGUUCACACUUUAAACGCUAACACACUGAACUUAUCCCUGGGCUGCGGCGAAGGGGCUAAUUCUGUAAGAUAUAGUGAGUACACUCUAAAAUUAUAUCUGAAAGCGCGCCUACACAUACACCCCACACACAAACAGUAUAUAAAACAUAUAAAUGUAUAAAAUGGUAAAAUAGUGAUGAAAGUAUUUUGUUUUCUGAAGGUCAAUUUUAACUUUAAUCGUGUGUGACAGAAAUCUUAGAAUAAAGUUCCAGAAGCCACGAUGAUUUCAGCACACUAACCCGCCUUUAGCUGGGAUAAAACUUGCAAGAAGGUUAUGCACUUAUGAUAAAUAUUUUCAGUAAUCACCUUUCUACAUUUGUUGUGUAAAUUAUGUCUAAAAUGAGGAAAGAGAAGCCGUUUCUACACGAUGGCUUUGUGUAUUUGAAGAAUCUCGGGUUUAUUUUUGUAUGAAUGUUGCUUCCAAGAACAGAAACGUCACGGUGAAACUUUUCCCGUUUUACGAGUGGACUGCUCGAGAAGAGAGCAAAAUGCUCUCUGGAGAGGGGGAGAAUAUCCUGCAUUUCUAUAGCGCCAGUCCCCUGCAUCUGGCGCCCAAAGGUCUGUCCGCCAGGUAGUUUUGAAAUGAGAUGGAAAGCUUUGGGGUGGCGCACAUCGUCAUGCAGUCGGAGGAGGUCAGUAAUCACCGGCAAACGUCUCCGGGUCCCUCCCCUCGGCCCCCGCCCCAGAGGUGACACUGGGAGGCCGAUGAUGUAACCCCUUUUCCCCAUCCUACUUGCUCGGAUCCUGAAGGUCGUUCCAGAACCACCUCCCCUCCCUACUCCUGCUUUAUCUGCAGGGAAAUAGUCAUAAAGUCAGGCAGCAAUACAGCACGGACACAGGCCACCCGGCCCUACCAGUCCAUGCCGACCUGGGUGCCCACACAGCCAGUCCCAAUUUCCUGUUUUGGGCGCAUAUUCCUCCAAGCCCCGCCUCUCUGUAUGUACCUGCCUCGGCCACCUCCUCGGGCAGCUCGUUCCAUAUACUCACCGCCUUCUGCGUGAAAAUGUUACCCCUCAGGUCGCUUUUAUAUGCUUACCCUCUCAUCCUAAAUCUAUGCCCUCUAGUUUUGGACUGCCCGUCCCUGGGGAAAGACUGUUACUGUACACCCUGUCGAUGUUUCUCGUGAUUUUACAACUUUCGAUGUGAUCGCCCUUCUUUCUGCUUCUUCCGUAGGAAUAAAGCCCAUUCUGGCCAGCCUUUCCUUCUAACUCUAGUCGCCUAGUCCUGGCAAUAUCAUUGCAGAUCUUCUCUGCAGUCCUUACAGUUCAGCCGUGUCUUUCCCGCAACAGUGUGGCCAAAACCCUCCACAGCACUUCCAGUGCGGCCCCAACGAGGACGCAAACUUUAGAUGUGACGCAUAGGCAGAUCAUACACGCCCAAGUUAGGACCCUCCGAACGGCGCUCACUUUGUCCGCCGGGAAGCUGGCGCUCUAUCGCCGUCCACCCCCGGGGACCCUGCGUGAUGGAACCGUGAUUCCCGAAGGAUACGGGACCCCGGUGUGGUGGGAUUUAAAUCUGCGGCCUGCCCCGAUGGUACUUCCAUCUCUGACCCAGCGUUUUCGUGAUAUCGCUGUUUUGUGGUCGGGUCACGGGAGCUGUGCGUGUGAUGUUCCAACCGCUAACUUGUAAACAGUGUAAAUAAAA